AUGGCGUGUUUAGUGGAAACUGCUUUGUAUGGGAUCAAGAAAACGAUCCUUGGAGAGCCAGAGCAACCAAUUUCCCAGAUUCAAGUGGUUUUGAAGACUGACUCGACGUCUGCGCAGUGCAUUGCGCAAAUGAAGGGUUUGCUGCGCAAAGUGAGACACUUGCAACUGAGGGUUGUGUUUCUCCAACAUUUGGUGGAUUCAGGCCAGUUGGUAACGAGAAGAAUUCCAGGUAAAGAGAACCCUGCAGAUGGUCUCACGAAGACCAUGACACAUGAGAUGAUGCAGAACUUGUGCAGUGCUGCAGGUUUGAUUUCGCUUGACAAGUUUCCGGAGAAGGCCAAUUUGAUGAACCGAAAGGACACCCCAAGUCCUAAGAAUUUGUUGGGGACCAGUGAAGUGUCUGAUAAGGAAGCCACCCCAACUCCUAAGGAUGCGUGCCCGCGACAGGAAGGCCCGCAGCCACAGGAUCUCAAGGUGUGGUCGACGGCUAUAGCAGCUACGACAACCAAGACAAGACACGCUGGCCACGUGAAGUUUGACAAGGUAGAGAUCUUCGAGAUCGACUUCGCUUCGCGAUGCUAG